CUCAAUCUUCAAAUCUCAAACAUUUUCUUUACCCGUUAAACUCUUUUGUUUAAUCAAAACUCUUGUGUAAUCAGUAUUUAAUAUCUAUUUACUACAAAUGGAUGGAGGCUUGGGAACGAUGUUGAUGAAGGUAGCCUUAUUUGCUCUGGUUCAAGCUUUGGUGUAUCUCAUCCUCUCGAAAUCUUCGAGGGUUUUCUCUAGAUCGAAUUCGUUGAAAAGGGCUUAUAGUUUCCGGCCUAUGAGGUCCGUUAGCAUCCGCCGCAUUCUUGCGUCGCUUCAAGAUAUUCCUGCUGGCGAAGAGAUGUCUCCUUCAUCUAACGGCUCCUCUUCUUCUUCUUCUUCUCUUACGUCUCCUUCUUCCCAAGAUGAGGCAGCAACAAGAACUAUAUCACCACCAUCUUAGCUAAGGAUAUACAUACGGCAAUACGGCAUUGUUUGAUUCAUUUUCUCCAUAUUUUUUUAGAUUGUUUCAUUAAAUGGAUGCAAUAUUGAUUAGUCCUCUAUCUCUGUAUAUGUAUGAUUGGUGUAGAUGUUGAAUAUUAUUUAAGCCAAAUAUAUACUGUAUGUACAAUUUAAAAGGAGUUAGUAUAUC